UAUGCCUUUACAGAAACAUAAGGUAGAUCUUUUCUACAAACUGCGCCAUGUGAUGAAUGAACUCAUUGACCUGCGCAGACAGCUGCUGUCAGGUCACUUGACGCAGGAUCAGGUGCGAGAGGUCAAGAGGCACCUCACAGUGAGGCUGGACUGGGGCAAUGAACAUUUGGGCCUAGAUUUAGUUCCUCGAAAGGACUUUGAAGUUGUGGAUUCCGAUCAGAUCAGUGUGUCAGAUCUUUAUAAAAUGCAUUUGUCAAGUAGACACAGCGUCCAGCAGAGCACAUCACAGGUGGAUACAAUUCGUCAGCGUCACGGAGAUGCUUGCCGUAUGCCAGUGCCUCAUCACUUCUUCCUCAGUCUGAAGAGUUUCACCUACAAUACAAUUGGAGAAGACACUGAUGUCUUUUUUUCUUUAUAUGAUGUUCGAGAAGGCAAACAGAUCAGGUAGGACUUAAUACAUAACUAAAAUACUCUCAGAAAAACAUGUGAGGAAAGCGUGUGUUAUUGGAGGAAAGCGUAUGAACUGCCAUUGUGACACAACUGAAAGAACACUGAUAGAUUAUGAAUUGAUGGUCCUAUAAGGCAUCC